GGACAAGCCCCGUACUCAAGCUCCUCUUGGGCUGCUUAAGCCCCUUCCGAUUCCGGAAAGGCCAGGUGAAAGCUUGUCUAUGGACUUCAUGGAUACGCUGAUCACUAGCAAGAGUGGAAUGAGACAGAUCUUCGUCAUCGUGGAUAGAUUUAGUAAGUAUGCUAGAUUAAUAGCCAUGCCGGAAACAGCAAAGACCGAGUACGUGAUCAAACUAUUUAAGGAGAACUGGGUCAGAGACUUUGGAUUACCAAAGUCUWUUGUUAGUGACAGAGACGUACGGUUUACUAGUGAACUGUGGAAAGCCGCUGCAGCUGARCAGGGAACYCAACURCAGAUGACUUCUGGAAGCCAUCCAGAAGCUAAUGGCCAGGCGGAGCAGAUGAACCGCACUGUGCAGCACCUGUUGAGGCACUACAUCAAGCCUAACCAGGUGGAUUGGGACGAAAAGCUUGCUUUAGUUGCCAGUCUGUAUAACAAUGCUGUACAUAGUGCUACGGGGGUGAGUCCUAACAGCCUGCAACUAACRUUUAAGCCUAGAUUGCCCUUAGACUUUCUACUACCUGAUAAUCAGUCAGACACUGCGCCCGGCACUCUAGAGUUUGCCUWUCGUUAUGAACAGAAGAUGCAGGACGCUGUAGAACACAUGCAGAAGGCACAGUCUGCAAUGAUUGAGUCCRAAAAUAAACAUCGCCGCCCUUCUGCAUUUCAGGUUGGGGACAGAGUCUGGGUCAAGUCCUCUGAACUUGGACAAGAGUUUGGGAYAUCUCGCAAACUCAUGCCUCAGUACUUUGGACCUUGGGAGGUCUUGGACAUAGUUGGGACAGAUCCAGAUGGGCCAUCCUAUGUCAUCCGUAUCCCUGGUCACCUGCGCACCUACCCUGURUUUCACGCCUCCAAGCUYGCUGCUUUUGRGCAGACCGAUCAGUUUCCUACUCGCCGUUCUAUGUUGCCCCCAACCAUGGAUGGAGAGGUCGACAUCGAUGAUAUCGUCGAUCAUAAAGAGAUACCCGUUCAGAAGCCUCCAGGAAGAGGACGUCCUCCCAAGCCAAAGCUGCAGUUCCGUGUCCACUUCAGAMAUCAUACAAAUCCGAAGGAGGACCGCUGGUUUACUCGGGAAGARUUGAUGCAGACCGCCCCUCAGAUCGUUGCCCGCUAUGAGAGGGAUGUUUUGAAAGGAAAGCGCCAGCUGGCGGCAGACUGAUCUUCUCAGAGGACUAACGAAGAUAUGGAGGAGGGAAUGCGAGGCUAUGCCCGCUKAGCCUUACGGGCCUUAUUUGCAA